AGCAGGAUACCAUCAGAGUGUUUGGUGUAUUCUUGUUCGCUAGGUUUGUGUACAUUUCUUAGCGUCUAUUUGGUUUAUUUCUGACUUAAAUCUCGCUGAAUUAUGGCCACGUAGUUGGAUUAUGGGUUUCAAGAAUUGAUAAAGCAAUUAACCCUGUCCUAUGCCAUGGCUUCUGGCGAACUGCAAGAAAAAGCGAAUUUUACAAGACUUAGUAGACUUUUAGUUGACAAAGGAACUGAGGCUUUGAGAAAUACAUUUGAUACCAUCCAUCCACCUGUUAGUCUACCCAGAGUACUAGCUGCGAAAAAAACAUCUCUUCAAAUGUUAAAACCUCGAGUUAUUAAUAAUUCCCAGUGGGAUUUACUGUUUCCUCCGUCUGGCAAUCCACCAGAUUCCAAAACCUUUGAUCUCACAUUACUUACAGUUCUAUUCCGGAACAUUUGUGGUUUUCCAUCAACAGGAUGGGGCGUAAUACCUCCGAAUACUGAUAGAUCAGAGCAAGCGAAUAUCACAAGAAUCAAGUGUUACAGAAAUGAAGUUAUUGCACAUGUAACAUCCACUCGAGUUGACAAUUCAAAAUUUCAGUCUUUAUGGAAGAAAAUUUCCCAGGCGAUAGUAGAAUUGGGCGUUUCACAGAGUGAUGUCGAUGAUUUAGAAAAAUGUCCUCUUGGGCCUGAAGAAGAAGUGUAUGUGCAAAAGCUUAAAGAUUGGAAACUGCACGAAGAUGAAUGUAUUAAAAUGCUUGCAACAAUGACACAAAUCGUUGAAGAAACCCGCGAUGGAGUAAAUCUACUGUGCCAGUUUUUGUUGAAGAAAAGUUACAAUGAGAUACCGCAAACUUCCCUCAAGCGUACGCUAUCAAUACCCGAGGAUGCCAAUCCUGAAAAAAAAUUCUGCAAGGAGAGUAGUGAAGAUGUAUUAAGAAAACUUGCCAAACAUAAUUUCAAGAAUAAAAUUCAAAGAAAAGUGAAGUUUUUCCUACCUGGAACAAGAGAGUGGUUGUUAAGGGAAGUUAACGAAUGGUUUUGUAUCAGUGAGAGUGACUCAAGAAUAAAAUUAAUAACAGCUGGACCAGGAUUUGGUAAAAACGUGUUUGCCGCUAAAAUCUGUGAAGAUUUUGAGAAGAAUGGAAAGCUGGCUGCUUGUCACUUUUGUGAUUUCAGCAAUUCAAACCUAAGAGAUCCUAUGGCGAUGUUGGAGUCUCUCGCAAGUCAGAUGUGCAAGAGCGUCCAUGGUUUUAAAGAGGAGCUCCUUGAUCAGUUAGGACGACGUCAUCAAGUCCAAAACCUGAGAGAUGCAUUUUUAAUAUAUUUGCAAAAUCCCUUAGAUGAAUUGGAAAUAAAAGAGCCGCGUUUAGUUGUGAUCGAUGGCCUGGAUGAAAGUGCUGCUGAUAAUAAGAAUGAAAUUGCGCAUUUGAUUGCUGAAUAUUUUCAUGAGCUUCCCAACUACAUCAAAAUCUUGGUGACAAGCAGGCCAGAGAUUUCCGUUGCUGAUCUAAGACUAAGAGACGAGCAAAAGACAGACAUUUCCAAUGUUCAUUACAACAAUAAUUUAGAUCUUGAACUUUAUUUUAAAGAAUGUUUUCCAAGUUUAGUUGGCAGGGAAGUGGAUAAAAGGGAGAUGAGCCAAGAUUUCUAUAAGGAUCAUCCAUAUCUAUCAUCUCAUUACCGCUUUUGGCAAAAUAAAACUAUUGGUUUACUUUCCAUUUUUGUUGCCAAAUGCCAGGGCUCAUUUCUCUAUGCAGAUCACUUUCAAUCUGGGCUAAAGGCUCGCUAUGAUCUUGAGAAGAUAACAAAUAAUGACGUCAUGGGGUUUCUCCCAGAAGGUCUGCAUUCUGUUUACGAACGAUAUUUUAAACGCCUUGAAGACGAGCUUAACACCAUAAAACACGAAAAGUUUGAUGUGUUGAAUAUUUUGGCAAUGCUGGCUAGUUCCGAAGGACCUCUUCCCCUCACUUUCAUCGCUCAGGCUUUUGGUUUAACUCCAGAUUGUCGCGAAACGAAAGACAUCAUCAACAAAAUUAAUGAAACCGUAUCGUGCUUGUUGUACGUUUCAGAUGACAUGUUAACCGUUUUUCACAAAUCCUUUAUUGAUUGGCUUCUAGCAAAGGGCUACAAAGAUCACCAGUAUACUGUCAAGGUCGAUGAUGGACAUAGAUCGCUUUGGCUUUUAUGCGAAAAGAUUUUUGAAGAAAUUGCGAAGAAUAUUCGCUUAGGACUUGAGGUUAAAUUUACUAAUGGCGUGGAAUACGCUCUGGAACAUGGUUUAAAACAUCUAGAAAAGUGUAAAAUGGAGGAAGGUGUGUUUUGGUCGGUUGAUGUUAUUAUCGUAUGUUAUAUGAUAACUGCGAUGAUAAUCAAUUUAGAUGAUUUGCUGCGUUUCUGGCUCACAUUACUGCAAUGUUCCUGGAUUAAAAACGAAGAUUUACGCGCCCGAAUUUCGUACCAUGUCAUUGAAUUUAACUCGUUGGAACAUGUUCUAGGACACCAGUUGGAAUAUGACAAUUAUUCAGUUUUUUCGACAGUAUAUUCACAAUGUUAUUUACAAGCGGUUCUUACACAUUCUCCAGAAGGUUAUUUCAGCGAUGAUGAGAAGAAAAUCGCGGAGACGCUACUAUCAAACGUUUCACCUUUUGUCGAGUCGACUUCUUACGAAGUUUCGCUUUUGCCGCGAGCAGUCUGGAAAUGCGGUGACUUUGAUCAUAUUACAGCUGUUGCUUUAUCUAACGAUGAGAAAAGAGUAGCAGUUGGAGUGGAAAAUUUUAUCAAUGUGCUAUCCGUACCAACUUUAGUUGAAAUUAUGAAUUAUUCAACAAAAUCGGAAAAAAUUCCAUGCUGCACAUUCUCUCCAGACGAUUCGCUCAUAUUAUUUGGUAAACUGGAAACGGCGUUUAACAUUGCUGGAAGAAAGGAAGUCCCAUUCUUCCCUGGAAAUGAAGAGACGUUCCUGUCCUGUGCAUUUUCUCCUAACGGCAAAAAACUGGUGACUAGCGACGGUUCAAACACCAUUAAACUAUGGGACGUUGUUAAACAAACGCUGCUGUCGUCGCUUUGUGCUGGAAUUCCUGUUGAUUGGUGCUCUUUUAGUGUCACAGGGUUAUUUAUUAUUGCAAAUUCAGAAUCUUCAUCUUAUCCGGGUUAUUCGUUUUGUGUUUGGAGCGCCAUCACAUUGCAAAGAAGUGAUAAGCGAAAAUUAUCUCACGGGGAAAGGGAGAAACGAGUUCUGUUAAAGAGUAGGAAAUGUGAACGAUGUUUUCAGCGGAGAUUUGAGGAACCAAAUUCUAAACACUUAGAAAUGAGGAAAAGUUUGACUGAAUAUAAUAUGAUUUCGUGUCCGUGGAUCUGCAAAGGUGUGGAGUGUAUUUUUUCUUCGGAAGAAUUUUGUUAUUCGAGUGAGACAGAAAGUAUUCCUUUUACUGCGAUUGUUGCUUGGAACUAUCUUGUUGCUGCUUGUGGCUUUUCUUUCCGUGCAAAUAAAAUACCAACUUUAGAAGAUAAUGUGUGGCUCUAUUCAGAUAUUGACAAAUUAAUUGUUUUUAAGGCAUUAGCUCCUAAACAAGAGCAUUCUUGUUUGUCACAGCAAACGAAAGUUUAUUCGAGUUCGUUUUCUCCUGACGGCUCUCGACUUGCAUCCUGCAACUCAGAUGGAUAUAUCAACGUAUGGAAUGUCUAUACCAGCCAAGUUCAACAACGUUUCAAAAGCAGUCAAUGUGGGUUAAGGUUUUUAUGGUGGUGGUCGGAAGAUUUCUUGUUUGUGAUUAGUGAAUUUAACGGGAUUCCCAAAUUAACGCGAUACCCGGUAGAUGACAUUUUAGAGAUCGUGUUUACUCGCAGUCAGGACUUGGUGCUAGACGACUUGUCUGAACUCAAGCUAGUGGACUGGUUUGAUGAAGGCUUUGUCAGCUUUGCUCUUGGACGCUUCAAACCCGUGAAAGUUCUCGAUGUCAGAGAUGUUGAUGGUCCUGUAAUGAUCAAUUUGCCUGGAAUUGACCCUAAGAUGGAAGUGGAAAUCUCGCCUGGUGGUGCCUUUAUCUCAGGUUGUAAUGGGUAUAUAUUUUAUAUUUGGAAAAGAAAUACCGAAAAACCAACUUCGUAUGAAGUCUUUUAUGACUAUGAAUUUCGCAAUGAAAUAGUCGCAGUAAGUUUCAGUAAUGACUCCAAAGUCGCAGUAGUCAUGCACUUUGUUGCUCAAAUGAGUCAAAUAAUUAAUCUGGACACUGGUGAUUCUCAAAAUAUAAUGUUUUAAUUCAGUUUUGUUCAUUCGUUAUCCAGGUCGUUUUGUAUUCACAAGAGUAGAAUUGUAUUAAAUUUAUCCGAUCGCCUGAUGAUAUUUUUUGACAUGGACUCUGGCGCGAUUCUCGACCAUUCCUAUCAACCAUACUUGAAGGUUGAUGAGUCAAACCAAGGAAUUAAACUUUCCCCAAAAGAGACCAUGCUGGCUUUUUCUAACUACAGAGGCGAUAUGGUGUUUCUUCGACUGUCUAUUCCAGAAAAUUCCUUAUUGGACGAAAUUAAGCGACGGGCAGUUGCUUGGUUGGACGAUAUUAAACAAUAACUUUCUUUGUUGGACGAUAUUUAGCGAGAUAGUAUUUAGUAGUCAAUCUUUCUUUAACCGAAAUAAAGUCGUCUCGCGGAAAAAGUUUUUAGGAAAAUUUACACAAAGCUGUAUAUGUUUGGUUUCCUGCAGGUUGUUUAUACCCAAUAAAUGAGAAUUUUUUUAUUCUUAAAAGUAACUGAAAUGAUCCCGUUCACACGAGGACGAAAACCAAUAGGAAAAGACUUCGAAAACUAUCAUCAAGAACAUUGUUCUCGGGCAGCGGCUAGACUUCGCUUGGAGCUGGUCUAGAAUGGAGAAGUAAGACACCUCCUUCCCUCCGUUUGUCUGGGAGUUCACCUUGGGCAAGUGAUAGCACUCCCUUGCCUCCCUAACUGGGGUUACAGUUUGUUAAACAAAACAAAGAUGAUAUCUUCAAUACAUCUGCAAUCUUAGAAUUGAAAUCUGUCGGGCAGAACAGAAUAUAUGAAUAAACAUCACCUCAAUUAUCGUCCCUAAUGGAACUACAAGAACUAUGUACAUUACAGAGAACGUUCGUUUUUUAGCUGGGAAGGAAGAUAUUUAUAGUCUGAAGCGGAGAUGGAAAAUUGUAAAAAUUUGACUGAAAUGUGAAUAAUAUUAUGUUCAAGACA